AUGUCGUCUCAAAAUUCCCUGCCAUCAGUUACUACCAAGACAGUUCCAGGCCCUGCCCCUAAUGGCAUGGGCAAUGGUCUGUUCGCGACCGAGGAUAUCAAGGUUGGUGGGGAUGUCGUGCAUGCCCAAACACCUUUCGUCGCGGUUCUAGAUUCCUCUCGUCUAGACGAUACCUGCUCUGGUUGUUUCGGCAAACGGCAGAUGCAGGAGGGAAAUGCCGAUUUGAAAGCUUGCACUGGGUGUCGAGUGGUUAGGUAUUGUGAUCGGGCCUGUCAAUCGAAAGAUUGGAAAUUUGCCCAUUCUAUGGAAUGUAAAAUCUUCCAGAAGCUGCAGCCUCAGAUCUUGCCCAACAAUGCUCGCGCUUUAUUGCGCAUGGUCUUGCGCACUGGGAAGGGCAAAUACUCGCCUCAGGAAUUGGGCAUUUUCUCAAACUUGGAGACUCAUAUCGCCGAGAUCCGGAAGAAUAAGACGCAAAUGGAGCGUGUUACCCUCACAUCCAAAGCUGUCAAGAAUUAUUCCGAAACCGACAUGACCGAGGAAGCUAUACUUGCUUAUGCCGCCCGGCUAGACCUGAAUUCUUUCAACCUCACAACAGCUCUAUACGACCGCAUCGGUCUCUAUUUCCAUCCAUACGCAGCUCUAAUCAACCACAGCUGCGAUUACAACGCCACAGUCGGCUUCGACGGCGAGGAGCUCUACAUCAAAGCUCUCAAGCCCAUUCAAAAGGGUGAACAGAUCUUCGUCUCCUACAUCGACACCACAACCCCCUGUCACGUCCGCCGCGGCGAGCUUUCAGAACGCUACUUUUUCACAUGCGAGUGCCCAAAAUGCACAAAUGCCCCGGAAAGCGAAACCCUCUCAACAGCCGGAACAGACGACCCAACGGCCUUGGUUGACGUAGCAGAGCGCGAAGCUCUCCAACUCCUCCAAUCCGCCGCAGACGAAGCCCCGCAAGACGCAAUCAAAUCCCUAACUUCAGCUCUGAACCGCCUGGCGUCUCACCCACACUGGCCACUAACCCGCCAACCAUACCCUCAGCUCCGGGACCAGCUCAUUCUCUCCUACCUCGCAACCAACAACUUCAGUGCCGCAUUUAUCCACGCUGCUAUCCGCUACCUACGGGUUGAUCCCGUACUCUACAGCCCCGCCCAUCCAAUCCGACACCUCCACGCGUGGAUCCUAGCUAAACUAGCCAUCUACCUCUCGCAGAGUUUCGAGAAUAGCCCGCUGGAUCCGGUCAAGCUAGAGGAUUAUGGGAUUAACUUCCAUUUUGUGCUUUGGUAUGUGCUUGCUGAUUUGGCGAGUCGGCAGUUAGAAAGCUGUACUGUGCCUGGGUUCAGGAGGCUUGUUGGGGCGAAUUUCGGGCAGGUAAAUGAGCAGUUUCGGGCGCAAGGGAUUGAUUUGAGUAAGAAUGCGCAGGCUAAGGGGAUGCUUGCCGAGGCUUGGAAGAAACUUGAGAAGGUUGUUGAGGUUGCUUUGGAGAGGGAGUAG